UAACUCUCCUUGAUUAGGAAAUAUACCUCUUGCACUAAAGCUGGAUUGGUUUCGUAUAGCUGCAGCAGAUCCUUUAUAUACACUCCUUUUUAUUAACAAACACACGUUACUCUUUCCAGUAAUAACUAGAUCAUACAUUAGUUACCAAAUUUUAAUGCUAACAAUUUCUUAUGUACAUUUGGGAUAUUAAUUACUUGUCUAUUUAUUUAUGGUCAUAUAUUUUGGUCCUUUAGAAAAAAUAAAAAACAAAAGAAAUUAAAGACAGUGACUAUAAUGUUGUUCAAUUAAGCCUUAGAAAUUAACCGACUAUAUCCCCCUAAAACCAGCAAAAACCAAGGACUAAAUUCAUGUUACAUCCGACCACUCACCAUUUGAUCAUUUUUUUUUCUGAAUUAAGAGUUGUGGCUUAAUUUCAUUGAAAUGUUUAGAAACUCACUAGUAAUUUUUAAUUUUGCCAAAUUUUUUUCACCAUUAAGCCGUUCACUUGUAUAAUAGAAUAGCUUUUAUUUUAAUAUUAUUUAAUCCUUCAUUUAAUUUAUAGGAGAGAUCUUGAUCUAUUAAUUUUUCUCACUGUCAAAUUAAUCUCUCUUUCUUUCCCUGUUAACUAGUAAUAUUCUAUUAGCAUUUUCUUUUAAAAAAAAUUAGAUGACUAAUAUAUUCUCUUUUUCUCUGUUAACUAACCCUUUACUUUCUCUUUAUCUAUUUUCUUUUUUAUAUUUUUGUUCAUUAUAUGUGCUCCUUAAUUUUUUGUUUUGUAUAUAGUGAGCAGUGGUUGCGUUAUAUGUUUGCUAUGGACUAUGUGCCAUGCAUUCUUUGGAUUUUAUUAUAGCUAUAUUUGUGUUUUAACUUUUUUUUUUCUAUUGAGGCUUGUGAUUUCUGGUGCUUAUUUUUAAUAUUUUUUUAGGUAUGUUAAGCUUGUCAUAUAUUCAAUGGACAAGGAUUGGAUGCAAAUUAAGAAUAGAGCCCUUUUACAAUAUAGGAGAGGUGUCAACGAGUUCUUAGAUUUUGCCUUUAGUCAUACAAACGAUGAUAAGAUAUAUUGUCCGUGUUUUAAAUGCAAUAAUUGCCUUAGAAAAUCUCGUGAGCAAGUAGAAUUUGAUCUUCUAAGUCAUGGCAUAGUGAGAAAUUAUACAAUUUGGUACCACCAUGGAGAAUCGCUACAAGAUGAGUCACCCCAUUCAAGUUCAUUUGAUAGUCACGAUGAUUAUAUGGAUAAAGAUGACAUGGAAAACAUGUUAAGGGAUCAUUUUGGAGUUUGGGAUAUAGAAGAGGAUAUUGAAGAACCUAAUGAAGAGCAUAUAAAAGAGGAUAUAGGAGAACCUUAUGAAGAGCAUGUAGAAGAACCUAAUGAAGAUGCAGCAAAGUUUUACAAACUUUUGGAUGAUUCUGAGAAAGAACUAUAUCCAGGAUGUACGUACUUUUCAAAGCUCUCGUUUUUGAUGAGAUUAUUCCAUAUUAAAUGUCUUGGUGGAUGGAGUAAUAAAUCAUUUUCUAUGUUACUUGAGUUAUUGAAUGAUCAAGUUACUCCUUUCAUAUAG